AUGCGCGCUUCCGCCCACCCAACGCUGCUUCUUCGCUUGACUUGGAUCGACGUCGAUGUGGUUGCCAAGGCUACAUCCGAAGGACUAGUCUCUACGCGCCGCGCGCCUCUGCACUGUACACCCCAUCCCAGUGCCAGUGCGGCGGCGGCGGCGGCGGCGCAGCCCACUAACCAAUGCGUCGCUCUUCGGCUGCCAUGCAAGCGAGAGUCGUGCUACACGCCCUUGCUGGGAAGGGUUGCUGCUACACUAGGCGAAGAUGCGCACGGCCGAGCCAAUGCACGUCUGCACGAGCGCAACGAUAAGCGAGUUCCUGCUAAACCCAUUCGCGACCGCUCCCGUUCCAGCCCUCUUGUUUGCAGGUCUCUCGGCCUGCGACUAGAUCUUCCAACUCGAGCCUACUUUGUGCUCUUCUUGUUGUACGACGGUAUCGACGGUGUUGACGACGCGGCCGAGAUUGCCAUGAACAAGGCGACACGACGUUCGGGAAGCAUCUCCCACGUCAAAACGACACACAUUGCAGAGAAGCAGCCACCCUUGUUGCAGCCACCAAUAGCAUCCGCGCGAUGA